CGGAAGUGGCGGCGGACGGGUUGGCGGCGCGCGGGAGGGAGGGAGAGAGGAGAGGAGAGGGGAUGGAGGGGGUCGCGGCGGAGGGCGAUGUGGAGGCCGACGGCCAGGAACUGUCAGCCACCAUCGCCUACGUGGUGAAGAAACUGAAGUCGUCGCAACUGCACUCGGAGCUGGAGAGGGAGGCCCGGACUAGUCUUCAUAAAUCAGAGAUUCGAAUUGACACUCUCAAGGAAGAUCUGAAGGUAUUCUUGCAGAAAUCAGGUUGGGAGAAAAAGCUGCAGAAUGCUGUUUACCGUGAGCUCAAUGUCCUUCCCCCACCUUCUCAUCCGUCUGCCCCAAUUGAGCACAUUAAGGAAGCAUUGGCAUACAUGAGGCGAGCACAGGUCUAUUGGGAGAAACGUGUUCUGAAAAGUUUGAAUAGUAUGUGCACAGAGCUGAAUAUCCCUCUAGCACAAAAGCGAUCCUUAGACGACCAGAAAGAACUUUUGAACAAAUGGAAUGAGAUGGGCACUGAUGAACCAGAUCUGAGCCAAUUCCGACCAGUUUAUGCUCCUAAAGAUUUUUUAGAGGUGCUGAUUAAUCUUCGUAAUCCAAAUUAUGAUAUUGGUGAUCAAAAUGGAUUGUGCAGUAACUGGGGUUUAAUCAACAUUCCUUUGCCAGUAAAAGGCCUUCCUGAGCUGAGGGAACUGUUUGCUGAACUUGGUUUAAACUAUGGACAGCUUGGCAUAGAUGACUCAAUACAGAUCCCCACUGAUUUGUUUGAAAGUGACCACGUACGUCUUGGGCAAAAAGUUUUGUCUGAACAAGACAGUGCUGCAGCUCAACAGUACAUUCGCCAAGGCUGCCCAACAGGCCUGCGUGCUGACACGUGGGCUCUCAUUUUAAACAUCAGCAAUCAAAUGGAGGAUUCUUUAUAUUAUGACCAGCUGAAAUCAAACGUGAUUCAACACGACCUUUUGGUUGACAGUCUCAUCUACAAGGAUGUGAAGCUGACAGCAAGUAAUGAUGAUUACUAUUUUGUGUUUGAAGAUUACUUGUAUCAGGUUCUACUUUGCUUUUCUCGAGAUACAAUGGUUCUUGAUCAUUUCAGCUACAGCAGCGCUUCUCCACCUAGGUCAUAUAUUCGAGGAAAACUUGGACUUGAAGAUUAUGCUGUGGUCUACCCACCGAAUGGGGUGAUUCCUUUCCAUGGCUUUGCAAUGUACGUUGCUCCACUCUGUUUUCUCUACCAUGAACCCUCCAAACUUUACCAAGUGUUCCGCGAGAUGUAUGUGCGAUAUUUCUUCAGGCUUCAUUCCAUUUCAUCCCAUCCCUCGGGAAUUGUAUCACUUUGUCUCCUGUUUGAGACUCUCGUUCAGACUUACCUCCCUCAACUCUUUUAUCGUCUACGUGAAAUUGGAGCUCAACCGCUUCGAAUAUCAUUUAAAUGGAUGGUGAGGGCAUUCUCAGGCUACCUAGCAACUGAUCAGCUCUUGUUUCUUUGGGACAGAAUUCUGGGGUACAAUUCGCUGGAGAUUCUUGCUGUGCUGGCAGCUGCUGUAUUUGCCUUCAGAGCAGAGAACCUCAUGGAAGCGACAUCACUUGCUGCAGCUGAAGCUGUACUUGCUGAUCUUUCCACACUAAAGGUUAUGCCUCUUCUACAGCUCUUCCUCUUUGCUACUGUUCCUUGAAGCAAUACCUACAGAGGUUAGAAGUCCAGACAUAAUCAUCUCACCAAUCCUUUUGUCUUCAUACCACAGUCUGAUGAUGAACCUGCAUGAGAAAGUGAAUGAAAAUAUGUGCAUGUAGAUCAUGGACUACUUUCUAUUUUAAAAAGAUGACAGUUCAAAGUUAAUAAGUCAAAUAUAAUGACCCUUGUAUACUUUGAAACAGCACAUGUAAAUACUUGGUGUAUAAUUUGCCCGAAAAAAAUAAAUUAAAGCUCUUUCUCCUGA